UAAACUCUUUUUUGUCAUAUGUAACACUUUAUUCAUGAACGGAUCUAGUAAUUUGUGCGAUUACAAUCGAGGAUCACUCAAUUCACCAACAAAUUACAUAGCAGCAGAAAUUUCCAUAGUCGUAACCUCUGCAUCAAAUUGCCAAUGUUGUCUCAAACGCAUGUUCUGUCUUCGCGCCCUUUCAGCUUCAACAGAUUUUCAAUGCCCACAAAAAUGGCCGUUAUCACUUCACGUGCUCCGUUCUCCGUUCGUGUCAGUACCUCAACCACGUCGACGCCGCUCGCCGGCGACACAAUUCCGGCGCUGGUAAUGUCAGAACAGCAGACACCCAAUUUGCAGUCGCGGGUCGCGGCAGCUCCGUCCAUUGCGGUGGCCAGAAAUCUAGGGUUCCGGCCCACCCCUGAAUUGGGGCUUCUCUCUCACUUGUUCGUUCUCUCCAUGGCUUUUGGGGCGUUUUUCUCAGUAGCAGUGUUUUCCAUUCCAACCUUAAUUGCUUUUGGAAGAUUAGGAGCUUCAGUGAAGAAAUUGUCAAAGGUUGUUUCAGAAGAGGUACCUGGAACUUUACAUUCUCUGAAACUUUCUAGCAUGGAGCUGAACGACUUGACCCAACAACUUAGUAGUCUCAGGCAUAAAAUUGCGGGCAUUUCUAAGGGAAAGCAGGACAGCAGCACUGCCAGAUCAAGAUCCUUUCGUAAGGGGAACCCAGCAUCCUAGCAUUGCCAAUGCUGCUUAGGUGAGUAAGCUUAUAUGUUUCUGGAAAUGAGCUUGCUUUGUUGGUUAAAUGGGAAUCACUAAAUAGAUGUAAAGCAUUUUCAGUCAUAUGGUUUCUGUUGAAAAUUGAAUUUACAAGUUGUAUAUUGAAAUAUGAUCACAACGAACUGUUGGGCUUCUAAGUUUGAAGCUGAUGUUGCAACAUAAUGAGAACAGCAGCUCAAUGAGAGUUUCAAUGUUGAUCCUGAGAUUAGUGAAUUACCGACAUUGACUCAAUCAAUUGGCUCAUUUGGGGUUGAGGGGUAUUGGCUUUGUUUGCGGCGGCCGGCAGGUGAUGUGAACAAUUUUGUAAGAGCUAUCAUGGUCUAUAUUUUGAAGCCUUGAACAGUUUUGUAAGAGCUACAACGACUAUCAUGGUCUACGUCUUGGACCAUUAGAAAAUUGAUCUGGAUGCAUUUGGAUCCUUGAUUCAAUAUAAUUCCAUUGAAGCAAAAUUUGAAUUUCUCUUAAAAACAAAUGACAUGAAUAUAUUUACAGUUUUGCAAACUUCUUUAGUGGUUCAGCAGCAUCUUUUGCAUGAUCUUAUUGGAUGGUAGAGUUACCCUAGAAGAUGAAACCAAGGAUCUGUUUUGUGAAUUUGAAGGAUCAAUCUUCCGGAGUCUCCCCUCCCAUACCUGCUGCAGAGAAAACUGUUAUAACAUGCUUUUCUCAUAUUUGUAAGCUCAGCAAUAAUAAAGUUCAUAUUUAUUGAACGGUCUUUUUCUUUUAAAUGACUUUUAUGGUUGGCUAUCUAACCAGAAUUUUGCUUAAUGCGGUUUUCCAUCAAUUGUGAAGUUUUGUUUUAUGUU